GUCCACGACCGUCUUGCUCGCGCGCGCCCUUACACACCCAUAAUCAUCUCACGCGUCUACUAUGGCUACAAGAAGAAGAGUGGGAUUCAGCACCUCAACGUCCGAGGCGUCGCGGCGGCAGUUGAUGCAGCCCGUCCCCUGCUGGGAGAAAGUGUGGGGACCGCCAGACGGCGCGGCGCCCGGCUCGACACUCAAAGUCUACAAGUGGGUGCGAACGGACAAAAAGCAGCAAUUUAGCGACGAUGAGGGCGAGGUGGACCAGCCGCUCGCGCCCAUCCAGCCCGAGGAGAUCGAGGUCGUCGACGGCGACGACGACAUGGACCAGGACGAGGCAGCAGGGUCUACCGCCCCAGACAUGACCCCCGGGCUCAUGUCGCGCGACGUCUCCGAGCCCGCGCCUGCGCUCCGGGAAGAGGACGACUCGGCCAAGCCGUCCCCCAAGCCGCACCCACUCUCCAUAUCCUUCCAGCCCCCGACGCCAACCCCUGCGCCGGAAGACGACGACGACGUGCUAGACGAGGCGCUGCGGCCGCCACCGGAGGGCGACUUGGGCGCGGACAUGAGCCUGGAGCUGGCGGGGAUGGGGCCGGACGGGGAGGCGUUCGAGGAUGUGGGGGAUUUGUCGCAGCUGCAAGAGACGGACGCGCUCCUGGGCGGGGCAAUGAUGGACGAGUCGAUGGAGGAUCCCUUUGCUGUACCGCCGUCAUAGCAGGGAGUACCUGGACGUACAAUGUUUGUGGUGUAUUUGUAUGUGCCAGUACUUAUCGCCUGUUCCCUCAACUUGCUCUUGGUAUUUAUCGUACGUCCUGUGGCAAAUAUGGCACCAUAUAUAUCCACGUAUACAUUCGG